GUUUCUGUGCUCUUUAGCAUAAAACCGACUCUUGACUGAAAACUGUCUUCACCAGCAGCUGUUUCUGCACCUGCAUUGUCAUUUUCUUACUCCUUUGAGGCAACAAAGUUGAACAUUGAACAUCACCAUUUCAGAAGCUUGAAGUUAUGGAUAAUGUAACUUCUGACUACUAUGGAACCUGGACACCAAAUGAUCCAGAUGAGCUCUGCAGCUUCAGCCUUUCCCCUGAAGAGGUCCUCUCCCACACUUACAUCCACUCCAUCAUCUGCGCCUUCGGCCUGAUUGGCAACGUUCUCGUGAUGAUCACCUACGGUUUCUACAAGCGGACCAAGGCGAUGACAGAUGUUUAUCUGUUCAAUGUGGCUGUGGCAGACCUGAUCUUUGUGGUGGCGUUGCCUCUUAUCGCCCAUAAUGAGCAGAAUGGGUGGCCCAUGGGUUCUGUGGCUUGUAAGAUGUUGCGCUCAGCCUACAGCAUCAAUUUAUACAGCGGCAUGCUGUUGCUCGCCUGCAUUAGCGGUGAUCGAUACGUUGCUAUUGUUAAAGCAAGGCGCUCCUUCGGUUCCCGCUCCCGCGCUGUCCUGUACGGCCGGCUGACCUGCGCCGCAGUUUGGGUGUUUGCGCUGUUUUUGACUUUGCCUACACUUAUCUACACUGAGAUCUUCGAAGAACAUGACCUGAUGGAGUCUAAUUCGACUUUAACCUGUGAGCUCACUUUCGAACACAGAAAGACCGCAGAGCUGAUGAAAGUCAUGGUGCCGAGCCUGCAGAUGGGUGUCGGCUUCCUUCUCCCUCUUGUGGUUAUGAUUUUCUGCUACUCAAGCAUUAUGUGCACCUUGCUCAAAGCCCACAACAGCCACAGGCACAAGGCCAUCCGAGUGGUUUGGGCAGUUGUUGUGGUCUUCAUCAUCUGCCAUUUUCCUUACAAUGUGACUCUCCUGAUCCACACGGCGUCUCUAUUUAAGGAGAAACCCUGCGAGGAGGAAAAGACCAAACUCACGGUUUUGGCCACUUCCAGGAGCAUAGCUUACCUCCACUGCUGCCUCAAUCCCAUCCUCUAUGCGUUUAUUGGAGUGAAGUUCAGGAGCCACUUCAGGAAAAUAUUGUCUGACCUUUGGUGCUUUGGUAAAAGGUACCUCUACUCUGCUCGCUUGUCACGUGGAACAUCUGAAGUUUGCAUUUCCGGCCUAAGAAACUCGGAGGCGUCAAACAACGUGUCAUCCUUCAGUGCCUGACAGCCAUUCAAGUAACUUCUGAUUUGUCUUAUCCAGUUAUUUCAGUGUA